GCCUGGGAGCCCGCGGAGCGCAGCCUGCGGAGCGCUUGGGCGGCGGCGGACGCUGCAACGCGCGCGAUGGCUCCGGCGGUGGACCGCGAGGGCUACUGGGGCCCCACGACCUCCACGCUGGACUGGUGCGAGGAGAACUACGUGGUGACCCCGUACAUCGCCGAGUUCUGGAAUACAGUGAGUAACCUGAUUAUGAUUAUACCUCCAAUUUUUGGUGCAAUUCAAAGUGUUAAAGAUGGACUUGAAAAGCGGUAUACUGCGUCAUAUCUAGCUCUCACAGUGGUAGGAAUGGGAUCCUGGUGCUUCCACAUGACUCUGAAAUAUGAAAUGCAGCUAUUGGAUGAACUCCCAAUGAUAUAUAGCUGUUGUAUAUUUGUCUACUGCAUGUUUGAAUGUUUCAAGAUCAAGAACUCAGUAAACUACCAUCUGCUUUUUACCUUAGUUCUAUUCAGUUUAAUAGUAACCACAGUUUACCUUAAGGUAAAAGAGCCUAUAUUCCAUCAGGUUAUGUAUGGAAUGUUGGUCUUCACAUUAGUACUUCGAUCUAUUUAUAUUGUUACAUGGGUUUAUCCUUGGCUUAGAGGAUUAGGUUACACAUCCUUAGGUAUAUUUUUAUUAGGAUUUUUAUUUUGGAACAUAGAUAACAUCUUUUGUGAUUCACUGAGGAACUUUCGAAAGAAGGUGCCACCUAUCAUAGGUGUUACCACACAAUUUCAUGCAUGGUGGCAUAUUUUAACUGGCCUUGGUUCUUAUCUUCACAUACUUUUCAGUUUGUACACAAGAACACUUUACCUGAGAUACAGACCAAAAGUGAAGUUUCUCUUUGGAAUCUGGCCAGUGAUUCUGUUUGAGCCACUCAGGAAACACUAAUGAAUUAUUGCAACAAGAGAAAAAGAGCACCUACCAUAGACCUGGCCAAAUGAAUGAGGAAAUCCUUGAAGAUCUACACAUUCAAAUAUAUUAUGGUCACCAGAGCAAACGAGUCGUGCUUCUGACUGAUGCUGCCAACCACACAGAAUGAGGAGUGCAGCUUGUUGGGGGUUUAGCGUGUGUGUUUAUCUCAUUUGUCCUCUUCACCUUCACCCUAAGAUGAUUCAAAAGAAACAGACAUAUGUGUAUGUAUAUACUCAAAUAUUGGAAAAAUUGGGCUUUUCUUAACGAGUUAACAAUUAUGCAGGUCAUCAGAAAUUAACCAUUUUCUCUUGUUGACAAGGAUUGCAUGUGAAUUAUACUAUUGUUAAUAUUUGAUUAAAUGUGAAAGCUGCUAAGAACUGGCAAAACCGCAUAUCCAGAUGGCCAGCUGUGAGCCACA